AUGGGCCAAUUCCUUUUGCCAAAGAUUGUUUCGCUUUCCUACAAUGAUAAGGCAUGGCUCAACGACUCCAGCGGUAACCUUGCAACUCAAUUGAACCCAACGACACAAGACGGUAGUAGCGGUCUGGGUAAAGGUGUUCUCGGCUACGACACUACAACCAAGAAUGGUAUCCACAUUGUUCAUUCUCUCGAAGGUUUUCCAAUUCCAUUGAAUUCCACAAACUUUGUGGUUGGUAGCAGCAAAACUCCAGAUCAGAGAUGGUUUCCAACCGAUUCGAUACUCUCUGGAUUCUCCUAUUAUAAUGCAACAUUCGGACAUUCAUUCCUUUGUACAAAGGUUCAACAAUCGAGUUUAAUGCAAGUAAUGACCACGAUAAAGAGUUCCAAUCCUUCUAUCUACACAUUGAAUGCCGGCAAACCUUAUGCAGAUGAAAUUAGUUUCCUUCUCGAUGGUCAACCAACAUCUUCAUCGACAAUCACCUCGAAUCUUUACUCUACAUUGGGUUAUCAAUUAAUUGGUGGAUCUGAUAUCUGGAACACAAAUAAUCAACAAUACCUUAGUAUUCCU